AUGUCAGUCAACUCACACUCGCUAACAUCCAGGUUCUUUAACAGUGGACAUGCUUCCAAAAUAACAUCCAAAGUACUGGUUCGUAGCGCAUUGUCGGGCAGAUGGAGCGUCUCCAACGACUGUCCGACAGUCUUUACCCACUCGGACAAAACACAAUCAAUAUGCUCGUGUUCUAAAGGCCCACAGAGUGCACCAUCCUCGCCGACUCUCAGGAAUUGCGGCGUUGUCUUUACUCCCAUCAUUCUUGCCGUAAGCAGGUAUCAAGACACACGCCCACGAUACUCCAGAAUCCAGCAAUUCGCACCACAAUUCCGUCUCAAGUGUCAACGCUGGAGCGGGUUUUCCUCUGGAAUGUUUCUUCAUGCCUCGAGGAAUCUCAAGACGAGUACCAGCUUGUAG